AAAUGACUAAAUCAUAAUGUUUCAUGGUGAAACAGGAAUCAGCGUUGUGCUGCUUUCUUAUUGUUUAUGUUGUCGUAAUACUCAGAGGUCUUACUGUCCGUGUAAAUAUAGCAAAUGGUAGCUCACUCAGUGCCCAAAUAGAGUAUGGUGGACUGGGAAGCUCUUAGGCCAGAACAAAAGAAAACACCUCUCUUGUGAACGAUAAUGGUACUAGGGGAGAAAUGGCAACUAUUGGCAAUUGGUAGAAUAUAAUUUUCUCUGACGUCUUUGGGAACCGGUGCGGUAACAGAACUUAUAGCAAAGAAUUUUCAGUGAUUAAUAAUAUGUCACCGAAAUUAUGUUUUAACAUACUACAUAGCUGUCUGACGACUCUUUAAGGAAUGGAAAUAACUGUCGAUAAAUUAGCUAGAAACCUGAUUUUUUUUUUUUUUCUUAUCAAAAUACCUGCAGAGAUUUAGUUUGGUCACUCUCUUUUUUCCUUUGGACGUGCCUUUUGUUUGCAGGUUUCUUGACACAAACGCGCACAAUUUAUGGUUACCUGAUGUGAGCAGUAUAAGAGCGCAUGAGGAAAUGAAUCAAGAUCAGGCUGCCAACAUAUGCAUAAUAUGUUGUGUCAUUGCUUGAGGUAACAACUUAUUUGAUAGUUUGGGGUGCUGAAUGAAGCAUAUCCAAGUUAUGCCCCAAUUCUGUUACAGUCAGGAAGCCUUUCCUAUGGUUUUUCUCAUGCUAAGCAACAGGAUACAUCGUAUGAAAUUGAGCUAUUGUCUUGUCACUUGGGUUAUGCCCAAAGUGGGCCUAAUACUAACUUGUAUGAUGUUGAUAUCUGUUGAUAUCUUAUUACUGAGUUAUGCAAGUAGCUAGAACUCUGCUCAAGUUAGGAAAGACUCUGACGUAACGGGUAGCAGUUCCGGAGUUUCUAAGGUCUUACUUGUAACAUCUCUGUGUUCGGUUUUGAGAGGUGAAAGUAUAAAAUUCUAGUCAUCUUGAAAGAUACAAAACAAUUCAAUCAUCCUUUCUUUAGUUACAUUAGAAAGAGAGUCAUCCCUGUCUUCAGAAGGUCAAGAACUGUUGAGGUUUGCAUUUGUCAUUCUGAUAGAAUAUCAUGAUUUAUAGCAACAGACUGGGCCACUGCCCUGGAAUGUUUAGUCCAAUUUCUUUUUGUCGUUUUCCUGGUCAGUCGCCACGAGGUAAGGAAGAAAGGUUAUAGCAUCAAACCUCAGCACCUGGAGAUACUUUGAGGUUGUGCGUUAGCUUAGUUUGCAAGUGAUAAUUGGUUUGUUUCAUUUUAAUUCUGUUUGCCAUAUGGUAUAGCUAUGGACAGAGUUGGCGAGUCUGUGCUCUUGAGAGUCCCUGGAUGAGAUGGAAAGGCUAUCCUGAGGAACAGAACUUCAGAAAGCAGUGUGAGAAGAAAGCAAGCAGCAUGAGAUGAGAGUGGGCCAUCUAUCUGAAAGGAAGAGGGAAAGGCUUGGUGGAUGGGGAAGUGAGGAUUUAGAAAAGAGGAAGGCUUGUUCUUGGCACUACCCAAGAUACCUCAUAAACUUGAACAGGGCCAUGGGGGACGCGGUCCCACCGCAGGAGACUCUGCUCAGGACAGCUCGUUGCCAGCUGUUCAAAUUCAUCAUGAGGAAUGAAGCAAGAAGACUGAGAACUUUUUGGCAAUGGCCAGAUAGCUCACCUGUGUCUGCCCACGAUUUGGCCAAGGCUGGUUUUUUCUUUGUGGGUCCUGGAGAUGAAGUGCAGUGCUUCUGCUGUGGUGGCAUCCUGAAGGAUUGGGCACCUGGUGAUUGCCCUGUAGUAGAGCACCUGAAGUUCUUCCCUUCCUGUAAAUUCAUUUGUGGUGAGGAUAUUGGGAGCCAACAGGUGUUUCCUCUUGAGGAAAUAUUUGACUGUGUGGAUGGGCAGCUCCUCAGUCUCUUGCAGAGGAUAGACAGUGAGGACAUAGCCCUUCCCAAUCAACCGGAAUAUCCAGAGAUGGGAACAGAGGAGAUGAGACUAUCUACUUUUCAGAGCUGGCCACAAUAUACGGAGGUGCAUCCUGAGCAACUGGCUAGAGCAGGAUUCUUUUACACAGGACGAGGCGAUAUGGUGAGGUGUUUUUACUGUGAUGGAAGUGUGAGGAACUGGGAGUUUGGAGAUGACCCUUGGAGAGAACAUGCAAAAUGGUAUCCAAGAUGUGAAUUUUUGUUGCAAUCAAGGGGAAGAGAAUUUGUUAGCGGUGUUCAGGAGUCCUUUUUCAGCACUCUGGUAUCUCCAAGAGACUCUUGGCACCAGGCUCACCAAGAUUCUUCUGCUUCCCAAGACCCUGUUCAGAGAGAGACUGAAACAUCGUGUUCAGGAGAAGAAAGGCAACUUGCGCAGCAAAAGGAAUCAGACAAGUCUCCACUGAGCACAGAAGAGCAACUCAGACGCCUGCAAGCGGAGAGGAUGUGCAAAGUGUGCAUGGACAGAGAUGUAUCUGUUGUCUUUGUUCCUUGUGGUCACUUGGUAGCAUGUGCAGAAUGUGCCCCCAACUUGAGUCUGUGUCCUAUCUGCAGAGCGGUCAUUCGGGGAAGUGUGAGGACUUUCAUGUCCUGAAGCAUGAGGUACUUAAGGGGAAAGAUAGGUCUAUAAAACCCACUCCUAACACAGCAGAUGAACAAAAUAAGUAAAUAACUCAACUGAUGCUGAAGCAAACAUAUUUGCAGGGUAGCUUGGCCUAAAUGAAGGCAUUCACCAGAUUUGAAUGUGUUCCUAUGCACAGCGCCUACAAUAAGAGUUGCUGAUAUGCUGUACUCUACUGACCUUGCUGGAAGACUGCUCCUGGAAAACGCUGUUAAGUUUCUUUUACCCACCAAAAGGGACAGACUUCUGUUGAAAGAGAUUCUCCUCCUCCAAAGUCUUGCAUAUUCAAACGAAUCUUAGUUCUGUGUUGAAAUCGAGGGCUGUUUUUAGUGGCCUGUCUCUGAUUCUUUUUCUUCUAUUUAGUAGUUGCUUAGAGAUGAUGGAAAAUAAUUUUGUCCUUCUUGGGUUGAUAUCUUCCCUCAAUAAGUCUAAAAAUCAGACUGUUUUUAUAACAAACACAUUCCUCAGACUAAAAUACCUAGCAGCAUGUAUUGUGGGGAAACAGGGAGAGUCUAGUGGGUUUUUCCUUUGCUCUGAGCCCUGCUUUGAGGGGGAAGAGGAUUGAACAAAUGAAACCAUAAAUGGGGAGUUGUCUUGUUGAACUGUCAACAACUGAGGAAUGUUUCAGUAAUAUCCACAUCCACAUAAUUAAGUGAAAACCCUUAUCUGUUUGUAGAUUCUUCAAUCUCUAUUGUCAGCUGAUGACCUUCCUCACUAGACAGAAGGUGACAGACUCUUUGAUCUGGGUUACUGGAUGAUCUCCUGGAAGCUUCUUUGUAAAGCCUCUUCCCUGGCUAUUACAGGCUACCCUUCUGCUAGAAGAUAGCUAUGGAAACUUACCUUUUUUAGGACUUCUAUUUGCUGGCUAAACUGAUGAUUUUUAGUUCACAUAUGG